UUCCAUUCGUAUUUUGUUGUUAUAGUCAACCUCCCUAAAGGCGGCUGUUUUGAAUCUUUGUUUUUGAAUUGUUCAUUCAGAUUUAAAGAUGGGAGUAAAUGACUUAUGGUCCAUUCUGGAUCCUGUAAGAGAGUCUGUACCUUUGCAGAGUCUGAAUGGCAAAAUUCUAGCAGUGGACUUAAGCCUUUGGAUUUGUGAAGCUAAAAAUGUCAAGGAGAUGAUGGGGAGAGUGAACAAGCCACAUCUCAGGAACCUGUUUUUUCGAGUUUCUUCUCUUAUUUUAAUGGGAGUGAAACUGAUAUUUGUGAUGGAAGGUGAAGCACCAAAGUUAAAAGCUGAAACCAUGAAAAAGAGGCUUGAAAUGAGAUAUGGCACAUCAGCUAAAUCAUCUUCUGGUAAAGCAGGGCGCUCUCAUUUUGCCUUUGUCCUUAAAGAGUGCUCUGAAAUGCUGACAUGCCUAGGUAUUCCUUGGGUAACUGCUGCUGGAGAAGCAGAAGCAAUGUGUGCUUUCCUAAAUGCCCAUGGCAUUGUGGAUGGUUGCAUCACUAACGAUGGAGAUGCUUUUCUAUAUGGAGCUCAAACAGUAUACAAAAACUUCAAUAUGUUUACCAAGGAUCCUCAUAUAGAUUGUUAUAAGAUGAGCAGAAUUACUUCUGAAUUAAACUUAGCAAGAGAAACACUGGUUGGCUUAGCCAUUCUACGAGGCUGUGAUUAUCUGCCAAAGGGAAUUCCAGGAAUUGGAAAAGAACAAGCAGACAAGUUGAUAAAGUCAUUGAAGGGAGAGACUCUUCUUGAAAAGUUUCAGCAAUGGAAGGAGCAAUUUCAGAAAAUGGGAACUCCAGUCAAAUUUGUUAAGAAGGUCACCCACUGUACAGUUUGCCGACACCCAGGUUCAAAUAAGAAUCAUAAGACUCAUGGAUGUAAACUCUGUAACAGUACACAGUUUUGCAUACCUCAAGACUAUGAUUACAUAUGUCCUUGUGCCUGGCAUCAGGCAACAAAUGAACAACAAGCCGGUGCAGUGGAAGCUAACAUUAAAAGAAAAGCCAAGGCUUGUGCAGGUUUUCCAUUUGAUGAGAUUAUAAAAGAAUUUCUUGUUCCAAAAGACAAACCCAUUAUGGAAAUUAAAUGGAGAAAACCAAAUCUGUCUUCAAUCCAGAAAUUUGCACUAGAGAAAAUGGAAUGGCCUAAGCAUUACACCAGUGAGAAAGUACUAAUUCUGAUGACGUACAUGGAAAUGAUUAAUAGAUUUAAAGGGAAAGAAAAUGUAUCACAGAUAAGGCCGAUACGAAUACUUAAAACAAGAAUAAAAAAUGGAAUUUCUUGCUUUGAAAUAAUAUGGGAAAAACCAGAGGGCUAUGUUUAUGCAGAUGAUCACCCUGUUGAAGCACAACAAAUAGUAACAACAGUUGAAGAAGAGUCUUUGUUUCAAACUGUAUUCCCAGAGAUUGUUGACCACUUUAUAAAGGAGAAGGACGAAGCCAGCAAAAACAAAAAGAAAAAAAAGAAAAAACAAGAAAUCCAGAAAUCUCCAGAUGACAUUGCCGAUUUAUUAGCAGAGAUGAAUAUUUGUCCUUCAUCUGAAGAAGAUCAAAAAGAUGAUGCCCAUAUUAUAAAUCAAAGUGAAUACAAAGAUGUGAUAAAAAUAACCAGCCAAUCUUUUGGUGAUAGCUCCAGCAUCACAGUUCAAGAGCAUCCAGAAUUUUAUGAAAAUCUGUCAAAUAAUAUACUUGAGCCAUCAUCUUCUCCUGCAUCUAUAAGUCACCACCAGUCGCCCACAUUUUCCCCUUCUGUUUCAGCACUGAUCGAUGAACUGCAAUUAAGUAGCAUUGAUUGGGAUGGAACAUCAUUUAACACCUCACCAAAAUCAGUGGUCUGCAAUUUUCCUUCUGGACAAAUUCAAGAUAAAAACCUGUUGUGCUUACAAACUAAAGACGGCUUUAUCAGUGAUGAGAAAUACUUAGUUGACUUGAAUGUUGAAACCUUGAAGGAAAAACCUGUCUUGAAUAAUUCUCCUGUUUGUGCAGCCCAAACCGUCAAUAGUUCAGUUUCUUUAAGAGAGAGAGUUCUGUUAAAAAAUCUUAAUCCAUUUAAACUUUGUACAGAGGAGAAUUCCAACAGUGAGUUCUACAGAAUAAAGCCUCUGCAAUGUUUGACUUCAGAUAAGCAAAAUUAUGUGUUCUCUGGCCAAACAAAAGUGUCACCGGAAUUCCCCAAUAUUCAAACUGUAGGCUGUAUCAAAGAGAACAAUGAUAUGACAUCUACGUUUUGCAAUAAUAAAAAUGAUCUUUACAUUGUAGAUAAAAAGCAGAAGGGAAUUAAACCUUCAAAUAGUGACAACACAAGGUGUAAAAAGUUAACCAAAACUGUUAAAAGAAGUGUCUGUCAUAAAUUGUUGUCUGGUGAAGACAGUGACACUGAAAACACAAAGGUUGUUUCUAAGAAACAACAACUGAAGUUUAAACCUACAAAAAAAUGUGUGGCUUUGAGAGAAAAACUGUAUCAAAAUGAAUAUGUGCCAAGGAGAGAUGACCAGUUAAUGCCUCCAACUUUUAUAGAUAAUCAUGACCAAAGCAAACGAGGAACAGAAAAACAGGACCAAAGGAGUUUUGCAAACUUAAAUAUGGAUGUUCUUAUACCAACAAAAGUUGCUGAGUCUGAGGCCGAAAAUGUUGAAAUGAAUUGUUUAAUCACUAACAGUUGUUCCCAGAGUCCUGUUUCUACUCUCAAAUAUUUAAACAGUGAUGGAGAUGAUUCCAUUAUUUCAUUAGACAGUCCUUUACCACUGUCUGAAAGACUAAAGCUUAGGCUACAAAAAGAACAAAAGUAAUAAUGUAUCCAUUAUUGAUUACGUUGAACUGUACAUCCUAUUAUAGAAUCUGAUUAUUUUUUUACAUUUCAUUGUUGUAAUAUUAAUGUGUUUUACCCAUGGCUCUGACUUUUUGGCUUGUUACAGUAAUUAUGAAAAAACCUGUAAAAUUCUAAUCUGUCAGCAUUUUAUGUAGUUUGCUGGUACAAUAGGAUUACUAUGAAUAAAAAUUUAUUUUAUUGUUUUA